CGCAACAUGAUGAAACUGUGCAUGUUUGAGCUCUUAAACAUGCCGAAAGUUCAAAGCUUUGCUCCUUUAAGGAGAGAUGAAGUAGGACUGUUUGUGGAAUCACUUAAGAAAUCAGCAGCCUCACGUGAGGUUGUGAAUGUCAGUGAGAAAAUUGGGGAUGUUGUAGAGAAUACUGUCCAUAGAAUGAUUUGGGGUAAAUUUGAUGAUAAAUUUAAUUUGGUGUAAAACAGCUUGCUCGUGACGUUUUUCUCCUCAUGGGAGUUCUUGAUCUGGGAGAUUAUAUACCUUGGGUUGGGGCCUUUGAUCUUCAGGGACUUGUACGAAGGUUCAAGAAAGCGCACAAGAAAUUUGACGAAGUGUUAGAGAUAAUCAUCAAAGAUCACGAGGCUUCUGCUCGCCUUACCGACCAGAAAAGCGUGCAAUCUAUUGACUUCAUUGACAUAUUGCUAUCACAUAUGCACCAAUCAAAGGAUAAACAUGCUAUUACCAAAACAAACAUCAAGGCUAUUUUGUUGGAUAUAAUUAUCGGAGCAGUUGACACAACUAUCAUGUCGGUUGAUUGGAAUAUGGCAGAACUAAUAAGGCACCCAAGGGUUAUGAAGAAACUUCAAGAUGAGUUAAAGAAUAUUGUAGUGGGUAUGGGGAGGAUGGUAGAAGAAGCUGACUUACCAAAGUUGCCAUACCUCGAUAUGGUGAUGAAAGAGACCUUUAGGUUACAUCCACCUGCUCCACUCCUCCCACCUCGUGAGUGUACGGAAGAUUUUACAAUCAAUGGUUAUUUCAUUGCGAAAAAGUCACGAGUUUUAGUCAACUCUUGGACAUUAGGACGAGAUCCUAAGAUGUGGUCAGAUAAUUUUAAGGAUUUUUAUCCAGAAAGAUUUCAUAACACCGACAUAGAUUCUCAUGGGCACAAUUAUCAAUUUUCACCAUUUGGUUCCGGUCGUAGACGCUGUCCCGGGAUGCUAUUGGAUUUAACUACGGUUCCGUUUCUUCUAGCUCAGCUAGUGCAUUGCUUCAACUGGGAGCUUCCACCGGGCGUGUCUACUGAUGACAUGGACAUGACUGAGGAAUUUGGCCUUACAACGCCAAGAACUCAGAAUUUGCUAGCGAUUCCAACUUAUCGCUUAAUAAAUGAAGGUUAAUUGAAUGCAUUCAACCUCAUGAGAAAGCAGGAAGUUACUUUAAUGUGUUUUUUAAUUUAUUCCUUUCUUUGUUUUUCCUUGAAUAAGAUCUUCAUGUGCUCACAGAGCUUCUUAAUUUGCUGCACUUGGAUCGAUCAUACCUAAGAGAUUAGGAUGAUUUUAAAUUUCAGCAGUGUAAUGAUUGUAAUAUUUAAUAAUCCUGUUACUCAUGAUGGGUUUUAAUAA